AUGACUCGAGAAAUGUUUUACUCCUUUGAAAAUUUAGACAACUUAAUAAAAGAUUUCAAAAAGGACUCCGAAAGAAAACCAUUGCAAUUUAGGGAAGUCGCAUAUUUUAAAUAUGACAAAGAUAUGGAAACAUUUUCAUUUGAGUUUAAACAUACUCUAGAUAGUUCGUAUUCAUUUUCAAAAUGUGCUUGCGGAUCACGUUUCGUCGGACGUCCAACGUUUUCCUUAGAAUCAACACUGCAGCAAUCUAACAAAUCCCCAGUGCCUAUUAAACUUGAAAAAUGGAAUAAUCUCCAGAGCCUUCUGGAGUACAUUCCCACUAUUUAUCAUGGGUUUUAUAAAAAUAUGAUCCACCCAAAAUCUAAAGGGAAGAAAGCACAAAAGGCCAAAACAGCAACUACUAAAAAUUCAGAACCAGGUUCAAGUAAUUCUAACAAUGGAGCCAAUGUAGAAUCGGAUGGUGAAGAAGACUUGGAUGAUAAUGACCUUGAUUCGCAUUAUGACUCAUAA